ACUCUCCGGCGUGAGGGCAGCCAGGCUCACUCCAGAGGCAGGCGGCGAAGGGAGCGCUCACCCACGCCUCCACCUCCUCCACUCCUUAGCCAGCCUCGACCCGCGAAUGUUAUCUUGGUACCUACGUCGCUACAAACUUAUCUCACUCUUCGCCCGCGUUAAGGAUUCUACUCACUCACGUCACGUCCGGAACUGAGGUCUUGUUUUUAUGAUUUAUUUUCUCUGGUAACCCCGUGCUGUGUCUGUCAGUCUCAGUUCCCUCGCUGUUACUUCGGAUACCAGCUAUUUGAAGUGAGUCCUCAGCCCAGCACGAGACGUCAACGCUAACUCAAAGCGCGGUGUGGGUCUGCUUCACUUCACAAGCGUACUGGUGACUCAGAAGAUAGCGAAUUAAGUGUCCUCACCUACAUAUCCACUGUCUCCCACGCCACUGACACCUUUCUGCAAUCCAGCCAGCAACAUGACGCCUCUCUGGAUGUCACAGCUCCUCCUCCUGAUGAUGUUGGCUGUCCCCACCCUGCCCCAGCUAGCGAUACCAGCAGCAGGAGCUCGUGAUGGAGGGCACGGCCACGGCGGACACGGAGGAGGACACGGAGGUCACGGCGGCGGCGGGUAUGGCGGACACGGCGGAGGACACGGAGGAGGGCAUGGUGGUGGUUAUGGAGGCGGACAUGACGAUGGGUACGGCCACGGUGGAGGGGGACACGGAGGGGGACACGGAGGGGGACACGGCGGCGGCUACGGCGGUGGUCAUAAGGGAGGGCACGGUCACGGCCACGGGGGUUACAAGCCAGCGCCGUGCCACCCGCAGACCAUCACCAAGUACCGUACGGUGUACAAGGAUAAAAAGGCGGAGGUUGUUAAUAAUGUGGAGGUGCGGAACCCAAAGCCCCACGUGAAGAAGAUCGUAGAGACGCGUUACACCACCAUCAGGUACCCGGUGUUCAUCACGCAGGUGAUCAAGCCGCUGCUCACCCAGGUGGAGACCAUGCGGCCGCUCUUCUUCACCAAGACCAUCAACAGGUACACCACCGUCAAGUUCACCGUGACGGGCAUCGGCCAGGUCACCCACACCACCGUCAAGUUCGAGAAGGAAUACAUCACGCGCUGCGACAAGAAAGGCUACGACCACCACCGCCGCGACGCCUCGGACGGCGCCGUAGUGGACGUGGAUCCUGACAAACCGUCGCUGCCAACCUACCGCACCUCGUCUGUGGAGGACCCUCCCGGCCUGCCCUACGACGACGUGUCACCCCUGGCAGAUGACAUCCAUGAGUCUGCCGUGAACCCCACGCCAGUGCAGAAGGCGCAGGAGACAGCGCCCCCCAGACCUCCGCUCCCGCCAUUCAGACGGCCCGGGCCCUUCAGACGCCCAGGCGCUCCCUUCCGGCCGCCAGCACCCCACCGACCCUCAGGUCUGUACGGUGCCCUGGCGCAGCUGGGCCUAGCAGGGUCUCAGCCAAGUCCGUUAUCGGAGCCCUAUCUGCCCCACCCGCCCCUGCCACGCACCCCCGCUGCAGUGGUCGGGUAGGGCCCUGCACGACACAAUCCUCCCCCGCCAAGGAAGUCUCCACUCGUUGUCUCCCUUACACCGUCCAGCUAGUCCAUUACCGUCGCCGACCAGUGCGGGCAGUCGUGUCAGCGUCAGUCCAGUGCUUGGCUCGGGUCUGAUAUCGCUACAUAGUUGCUUCCUGUAGACAUUACUGCAACACCCGUGAGGAAAGUGUUUGGCUCCACCAUUCCAUGGAUUCUUUGUUCCUUCACUCCAGUCUUCAACCAUCCCUUGUGAAGUCACCCUUCACAGCCGCCUCCAUGUGCUACUUCUGAAGCCGUCGGGAUGCACCUCAGCUCGUCCGCAGGUUCGGGUGAGCGGUAGCGAGGCAGCGCGAGGCGGCGGGCGGGACGGCUUCCUUCCUAUGUUCACAUGAGUCGCGCUGGUCGCCCCAUGUCGUUGCAUUUCACGUCUUAGUGAAGCGUUAGUGCCCUGUUAUGUUUAUUAAAGUUGUUUAUAGAA